AUGGCGACUUCAACAGCAUCACCACAGACGCAGUCUUACAACCAUCUCCCCACCACACUCGCGUCCUCAACCCACCCCAUCCUCCUGCGGACGCUCGAGCCCGAGGACAACGUCGCCUUCGCGGCCAUCCUGUCAGACCCGCGCAACACGGAGCACGAGGCCGGCAGCCCGCCGGACCACAUGGAGCUAUCGGUGGCCACGGGCGCCAUCGCCCGCAUGCGGGACAGCGCGGCCGCGCCGACCGUGGUUUCGGCGCCGGAGGAGAGCGGGCCCGGCAAGGUGCUCAGCGGGCCCGGCCGCGUGAACCUCGCCAUCGUCUACCUGGGCGGCGACGCCGCCGGCUCCGUCAUCGGGCUGGGCGGGUUCGGCAGCAUCAAGGACCUGUCGCGGGCGACGGGCGAGCCGGUGGCGGACGUGGCCGCCGAGCCCUUUGAGCGCGUCGGCGACGUCGGCGCCAUGGUCAACGCCGAGUACCGGGGCCGCGGGUUCGCCGCCGAGGCCGUGCGGCUGGCCAUGGAGUGGGGGUUCGCGCCGGCGGGCCGGGGCGGCCUGCAGCUCGACCGCAUCACGGCGACCACGCGCGCGGCCAACGCGCCCAUGGUCCGCGUGCUGGCCAAGUUCGGCUGGGAGGGCCGCGCGGUGCCGGCUCAGGGGCCCGAGGGCAAGGACGAGCUGACGUACUCGAUGCAGGCGGAAGAGUGGGAGGCGAGGAGCCGGAAAUAG